UGUCAGUUGGGGUUGGUUCAUUACGGUAUCAAAAUGCGCGUUCACUAUAUUAUUUGGAUGGUGCCUUUUAUUCUUGCAUCUUGUGUGACGGAGAUAGAUUCCCUGUUCGAGUUCACCAACAUCAAGUGCAAUUCGAUUGACAAAAAGUUCUUCGACUUCGAUUACUGUCACAUCAAGGCCGUGAAUCGGACCUUCAAGUACAUGUCCGUGAGGACUGCCCUGCAUGAGUUACCCGUUAGGGAGGUAUUGGCAGAUCUGCAAAUUUUGAGGCGCUUCAAGGGCUACAUACCAAUCACCAUGAACGUCACCUUGGAUGUGUGCAGGUACAUGAAUAAGAGAAACAGCCGCAAUCCCAUGGUGAAUUUUUUUGAUAGAGUGCUAAAGAACUACUCGAAUGCCUAUCACAAGUGUCCCUACGAUCACGACGUUUGGGUGGAGCAGCUUCCGACUCAGUUCGUGAACACGCAAUUCAGCGACGUGUUGCCUCUUCCCAGUGGCGACUAUGCCUUUUACAGCACAUGGGUUGUCAAUGGCAAGAUGCGGGGAACUCUAUGGGUCUACGGAACUCUGUCUUAAGCUCUGAUUCUAAGAACUUAUUCCAUACCUUCCAUAUGAAUGAUCUGUGCAGUGCAGCUCCAAUAAAACCUAAGCAUA